CACCUCCUUCCCGGGCCGUCACUGUCCAUUCUGCCCCUGUUUUCCCCAGCCCCCCAUUUACGGCUUCGGCUGCCAUUGGUCAUUCGGCAGGCGGCACCUCUGACCCCGAAGCUAUGGACACCACACCUCCUUCCCGGGCCGUCACUGUCCAUUCUGCCCCUGUUUUCCCCAGCCCCCCAUUUACGGCUUCGGCUGCCAUUGGUCAUUCAGCAGGCGGCACCUCUGACCCCGAAGCUAUGGACACCACACCUCCUUCCCGGGCCGUCAUUGUCCAGUCUGCCCCGUCUCCAAGUAGAACUACUACCCAUUUCACACCGCUGCUCCAAGUUCUGGGAACACACCACCCAGUGGUAGCAAUGCCUCAGCCCGUGCCUCGACUCAGUUACCUGAAACGCCGGCCAAAAGAUAGACCAACCUUUCAAAGUUAUGACAGAAAGCUGAAACAGGAAAGAGAUGCAUCUAUCACACAGUUACUCAAGGUUUCUCUACUUGCAUUGCCAAGGAUCUUCAUAAGACUGGUAAUACUCACAUUUUCUGUUGGAAGGCUCUUGCCAGAUGUCAUUUUGUCAAUGACACCCAUUCCUACCACUGCAUUUGAAGUUGCAGACCUCCUUCCCCACACUACCUGUUCCCCUCUCUACUUCAUUUUUGCCUUUUGUGUUGAUCAAUAUGUAACAAACUAUGCAUUUUAUUUAUUCAUUGUGUUUGUUCUCCUUUAAUACAAGGUGAACUCCCUGAGGGCAAGUGUUUUCAUCUGUUUGGUCACUGCUUUGCCUCUACUGUCUAGAACAGUGUGACACAUUAUGGGUGCAGAGUAAGUUUUUUAUUGAAGUACAGUUGAUUUACAAUAUUAAUUUCUGCUGUACAGCAAAGAGACUCAGUUACAUAUAUAUGCAUUCUUUCUCAUACUUUUCCAUUAUGGUUUAUCACAGGAUAUUGAAUUUAGUUCCCUGUGCUGUAUAGUAGGACCUUGUUGUUUAUCCAUCCUAUAUAUAAUAGUUUGCGUCUGCUAACCCCAAACUCUCAAUCCAUCUGUCCCCCACUGAAUUCUUGAUUUAAAAAAAAAUUUAAUCUCAGGAGAUGUAGAAAAUGCAUUCCAUAACAUUCAGUAUCUAUUCAUGAUACAAAAUGAACAGACUAUCAUUAGAAGGUAUAAGUAUUCAGCAGAUGUGAUAUUUAAUGGUGAAACAUUGAAAACAUUCUUUUGUAAUAUUGAAACAAGAUAAGACACCUUUCACCAACAAGAUAAGAUAAUCCUUCUUUGCAGCAUUAUAUAGGAAGUCUUACACAGGAAGAAAAAGAAGAAUUCUUAGCAUUGGAGAAGAAGAAACUGCUAUCACUAGUCAUUGAGGAUAUCUUGUCCCUGUAGAAAAACCAAAAGAAUCUACAGAUGAAGUAUGCGAAUGAAUAAAAGUGGUUAGCAAGUAUACUGCAAACAAAAUCAAUAUACAAAAUCAAUUGCAUUUCUGUACUCUGCUACAACUAUUUAGAAAAGGCAAUGAGAUACCAUUUAUAAUAUUAUCACAGUUAUAAAGUACCUAGGAAUAACUCUAGCAAGAAUAGGCAACAACUAUAUGGAGAAAAUUAUAGAACAAAGACACUUAAGAAAAACUAAAGGAAUGGAGAAAUAAAUCUUAUUUCAAUAGAAAAUUUCAAUCCACAGAAGAUGUGAUUCUCCCCAAAUUGUUUUAGAGGUUUUAUGAAGCUAAAAUGAAUUUCCUUCACCUCCCUCCCCCACAUAGAACAUGCGAGCUGAUUCUUAGCAGCAAAUGGAAGAGUGAAUUGGGGGUUUUUGACCUACUAGAUAUUAAGACUCGCUUUUAUAAAACUCUGCCAAUUAAGACAGCAUGGUACUGAGCAGAAAUAAAAAUAGAUGAUUGGAAGAGAUUAGAGAAGCCAGGAGCACAGCCGUACAUUUAUGGUAAAGAGGAAUAUAUAAAUAUAUAUGUAUAUGUUUUGGGGGUCAACCUUUAAGUUCUCUUAGCAAAUUAUAGUUAUACAUUGCAGUGUUAUCAACUAGUCACCAUGCUAUACAUUAGAACCUCAGAACUUAUUCAUCUUACAGCUUAAAGUUUCUAGACUUUAUUUUUUUAGAGCAGUUUUAUGUUCACAACAACAUUGAGUGAAAGGUACAGGGAUUUCCCAUGUACCCCCUGUUCCCACAUAGGUAUAGCCUCCACCAUUAUCAACUACUCAGCAGAGAAGUAUAUUUGUUACAAUUGAUGAAUCUACAUUUACACUUCAUUAGCACCCAAAGUCCAUAGUUUACAUUAGGAUUCACGCUUGGUGUUGUAUGUUCUAUGGGUUUUGACUAAUGACAUUAUCCACCAUUAUGGUAUCACUUAGUUGGAAUCAAAGAGUAUGUAUGUAGCCUUUCAGAUUGGCUUCUUUCACUUAGUAAUAAGCAUUUAAAGUUCUUGCAUAUCUUUUCAUGGGUUGAUGGCUUAUUUCUUUUUAGUGCUGAAUAAUAUUCCAUUAUCUGGAUGCACCAGUUUGUUUACCCAUUCAUCUACCGAAGGGCAUCUUGGUGGCUUCCAAGUUUUGGCAAUUAUGAAUAAAGCUGCUAUGAAACAUC